AUGGCCUGUUACAAUGGCGUCGUCUUUCCAACCUGUGAAGAUGAAUUUAAAGAUUUCGAACCGAUUGUUUUUCAUACUCCUGCUAUUUACAACACCAAAGUAAAGGUUCAUGAUUGGCAAAUGCAUACGUUGGCUGAACCCAGAGACAACAAAGACAUAUUUCCACCGAAAGGGAAUCUUCAUAAAUCAUCGUAUGAAAGACUAGGACCAGAACCUGCUUGUACAGGAAUUACGGAAACACACGCGAUGUUGUCUCAAAUAGAAUUAAAAGACUCGUAUAAACCAAUUUAUCCGCAACGUACUCUACUUCAUAUCAAGUCACUUGCAACGUUAGAGCCCGAAGAAAAACAAGAGACAUUGACGGAUAUCGUGUACGAUGCCGAUGAAGCCCGUAACAUGGAUUAUCGAACAACAACGGAAAUUCAUUACAGAUCACCUCAUCCCAUGAAACGAAGAACGUUACCACCGCCACCGCCACCACCACCGGAACCAUGGCUCUUAAAUCGACGGACUAUCGGAUAUAGUCUGGAAGAAUUGGAAAAGCGAGACGGGACGUACACGUUUUUAGAUGACAAUAUGGAACUUCAUAAACAAAUAGCUGAUUUAAAAUCAAGAAGAUACAAACUGCGUACGUUUCAAGACAGUCAGCCUUCCGAACACAUCAAUGCGUCUAAUAUAAAAGACUGUAAGGAUUGAAAAUUGAAAUGUACAAAAAUAACCGAGAAUAUAUUUUAUCGAAUUCGUCGAAAGAAAUGAAUUAUUAUUGUCGUUAGAGAAUAUGCUGAUAAAGUAAUGUCUCUGUUUUGUGACUUGCUUGUUAAAGAGUUUUCUACGUAGUAUAAAACAUGAACAUCCACGCGUAUUAAGAUGAAGAGAAUAGAAAGGAUACAAUAUGGAAAUCUACUCGUAAUAUGAUGAUAAUAAUAAUAAUAAUAGUAAUAAUAAUAAUAGUAAUAAUAAUAAUAACAACAACAACAAAGGAUUAUCCAAGUAAACGAAGGAAUUUGUGUUCCAUUCCUGUUGGAUCCGUGUUACAUUAGCGAUAAAAGCAUAUAGUCAGUCUGCAGGUUCCGGCGCAUAUUUGCAAACAUGAAAUUAAAAACUACAAAUUAAGAGGGCCAGGAAGUGUAUAGAGAAAUUGCAGAGUGGCAAAUACAGUAUAGAUGGAAAAGUAACGUUAGUUUCGUUUUAUUUUGAUUCAAUUACAAAUGCGUACGGACCUAUGAUCUCAACCGAUAUUACCGAUAAAACAAAAGCUGGUGGUUACAUUAUACGAAACAACUAUGAUAAAUCGGAUAAUUACAAAUAAUGCAACUAUUAUAAUUAUAUUGUACUAUCGUAUUAAAAACAAAUUACAGCUUGAUAGGAACUUGUUUUCUAUAAUACUGUAGUGGUUACAGGGCUCAUUCUGCAAUUGUGAUUUUAAUCGCAACUACCACGAUAAAAGCAUCGUUUUGUAAUAUACGAUUAAAACAGUGUCCAUAUUCUUUUACUCGCAUUUAUUCCGCAUUAUCUUCGAUCACCACACGCAAAGCAGUGAAGAUGGAGAAAGUAUUGGACAGAUACUGAAAUAUUUUCAGCUUGUUAAUUAUAUGUCAUCUUUGAUUAGUUCGUUGAUUACAAUUAAAGAGAUUGCAGUUAUAUGCCAGUUUUAUGGCAAUUUGAAUAAAAGAAGAAUAUGUAAUAUGGAUCUAUAUGGACACUAUAUUCAUAGUUAAGUGAUAUUGAUAAUAGAAAUCUUGCAAACAGAACAUUAGACAGAAUAUCAUUUACACUCUGGCAAUGAGGCUGCAUCGCGAUCAACUGAAAAUGCGAACAGUGUCUUAAAAGUAAAAUUAACAAUUUGAAAAAUUGCAAUUACGUUUA